CACGUGUUUCCGGUCAUGUAUUCCUAGAUUUUUUCAAAAUUAAAAUUAGAAGAGGAUAAUCUUAGUCUGGUCUGACUUACAUAAAAAAUAAUUCUCUCUACUGUCGCUGGUCUCAAGCAAGCGAGUGUUGGUGGGGGUGUUUGACGCCAUAUUGGCAACUUGUGACUUUUGGAAGACAGCGAGUAAAAAAUAACCAAACUUAUUUCGAGUUUAUUGGGAAAUAAUGGCUUGGAGAUAUUUUAAUUAAUUUACUCACGCGUUGUCAAGCCCCAUAAUCUACAGUCCUGAGGAAAUUAUAAGUCUGUUUCGACCGUACGUGCUAAAUCUGAAACAUGAGUUUCUUUGGGUUUGGGCAGUCUGCCGAGAUUGAAAUCAUUCUAGAUGGUGGCGAAACAAGAAAAACAGCAGACAUCAAAUCUGAGGAUGGCAAGAAAGAACGUCACCUACUUUACUAUGACGGUGAAACUGUCUCCGGAAAGAUAAAUGUGAGCCUUAGGAAAGCCGGUAAACUGGAACACCAGGGAGUGAAGGUUGAGUUUAUCGGACAGAUUGAAUUGUAUUAUGACAGAGGUAAUCACCAUGAGUUUACAAGCCUGGUUAAAGAGUUGGCGAGACCUGGAGAAUUAACGCACAAUACUGUGUACCCUUUUGAGUUUGCAAAUGUUGAAAAACCAUUCGAAAGUUACACCGGAUCUAAUGUCAGGCUAAGAUAUUUUCUCAGAGUAACAAUUGUCCGGAGGCUCAGCGACGUCGUUAAAGAGUCCGAAUUGGUGGUACACACUCUCAGCUCAUAUCCCGAUAUGAAUAAUCCUAUAAAAAUGGAAGUCGGAAUUGAAGAUUGCUUACACAUUGAAUUCGAGUACAACAAAAGCAAGUAUCAUCUGAAGGAUGUGAUAGUGGGAAAAAUCUAUUUCUUGCUAGUCAGAAUAAAAAUCAAACACAUGGAGAUAGCGAUUAUUAAAAGAGAAAGCACCGGCUCUGGGCAACACACGUUCACUGAAAACGAAACGAUAGCCAAAUAUGAAAUAAUGGACGGAGCACCUGUCAGAGGUGAAUCUAUUCCAAUUAGAGUAUUUCUUGCUGGAUACGACCUUGCUCCUACGAUGCGUGAUAUCAAUAAGAAGUUCAGCGUAAAGUACUAUCUCAAUUUGGUUCUAAUGGACGAGGAAGAUCGGCGGUAUUUCAAGCAACAGGAAAUAACGUUAUGGAGAAAGGGUGAAAAGAGUCGUAAAUCACAAUCCGCUUCGCCCCACAUGCCAUCGCAUCUUGUUUCUGCGGAGACAGGUUUUCCACAGGGUGUUGCUUCGAAUGGACCUCCGUCAGGAGGGUCUGGACCUGAGCCUCAGAACAGUAUUAGCGGUACAGAUGAGAUUCAGGCUCCGAUAGAGGGAAUGACACGGGAAGAAGGUGACGGAGAGGGAGAGAAAGAAUCCAGCCCAGAGAACAAUAAUUGAAUAAUGUCAAAACUCUCUAAGAUUUUGUAAAGUUUAACUAAACAAAAAAAAGAAGAGAAAAAGAACAACAGAAAAAAUCUAAACAUACCGAAAGGGCAGAGUCCAGUUCACUUCAAAUCAAGAUUACUAAAGAAAAAAUGUUAUUUCAAUGAAUCUGAAUAGGAGGUGAGGAUAGUUACUUCGAGCGAAAUGCGAGCGAUGGUGAUACAAGGAAAUAAUAAUUCUUACUUUAGGUAAUUUUGCAUCUGAACAGAGUGUUUCGUACAUGUAAUCUAAUGAUACACAACAAUAUUAUCAUAAGUAGCAUAUAAACUUACCCAACGUUGCGUUCAAGUGAGUGGUUUUGUAGUAGAUAACUUUCCAAAAGAACUACGGCCACUCGUUUAUUGUCAUUUUAUAACGUCCCAUAUAUUGCCCAAAAAUUGACCCGGGAAUUGAGUUGAUCGCAUAAUAUUAUUGAGUCUCAAAACUUCUUUAGGUUCUGCGAAUUGAAAUUUAUUAAUUUUUCAUCUGUUAUUUGUUGACCAAAAAGAAAAGAAAAGAAAAAAAAUUCUAAUUAUGAAUCAUUGUAAUUGUCAAAUAUUGUAUAUAUAUAUAUUAUUAUAUCAUAUGCAACUAGUUGUAUAUUUUAUCGUCCUAAUAAUUAUAUUAUGAAGAUAUGCCAGAUUUCAAUGUAGUAUUUAUUUCAUUUUCCUCGAAUAUUUGGGGUCGGUCAAUGCUUUUUAGUUCCCCGCAAAGGUAUUGACCGACCCCAAAUAUUCGAGGAAAACCAAAAAAUUACCGACUACUGCCUCCGAUUUCCGAGGAAAACCGAAGAAUCCCGACUGACUCCGAGGCGACGAAAUUUUAAAAAAUUUGGAAAAAAUCAGAAAAAAAUAGAAAAAAAUUAGAAAACGAUCAGGAAUUAAUCCAGGACGAUAUAAAUUCAUGAGGCGCAUCGAAGGACUCGUGGAGAUGUGCUCAUUGAAUAAAUAAUUCAAAAAUGGA